GGGUUUGAUGUGCGAGGUAGAGAGUCACAGCAAGAAAUACUUAUGAAACGACUGUUGUUGUGUCAGAUCAUCACGAUGUUUAUGACAUUACAAAAAGAUGGUGAUUUUGUUUUAAAAGUUUUUGACAUUUUUACACCGUUCACUGCCGCAUUGAUAUGGAUUUUGUAUCGACAUUUUGAAAAGAUAUGUAUCAUAAAACCAUUACCAAGUCGACCCGCUAACUCUGAAAGAUACGUAGUUUGUCGAAACCUCAAAGUGCAUCGUCCCAAAAUAACUACAUACUUGUUGGAAGUCAAUAGAAAAUUUGAUGAAAUCAGAACAUCAGACGGACAGGAUAUUAAUGAGAUAGUAGAAUUUGAGGUGAUGAAAAAGGACGAGGAGUUCAUGAAUUACUUGGAAACUAGUAAUAUGAAAACCGCGGUUAUGCAAACAAAUGCAAUUAAAGAAUUGCAAAAGUAUAUUGAUGAGCCCGAUCUUGAGAUGCCCAAGCAAGAUGAAUACCGAAGACUUUGUUUGCAAGAGUGGGGAAUCACGAAGGCUGAAGAAUAA